GGAGGCAGGCCGUCCGCCUCGACGGCGCGCAGGCCUCACCGCCCCCCGGCCUCGUCUGGGCCCCGCGCCGCUUCUGCUCCUCUUGGCUGAGCGCGACCGCCUAGGGCUCGGGCCGCUGCGGGGCCGCCCGGAGCUGACCCCCUGGCGGGAUGCGGCCGUGCUGGCUGCUGCUCUGGCUGCCGCCCCUGGCCGCGCCGCCCGCGGGCGCCGUGCGCUGGGAGGAGGAGGCGGCGGCGGCCGCGUUGUCAGUUCCAAGGUGUAAAGCUUUGAAGGAAAAGGAUUUAAUUAAAACUUUUGAGUCAAACUGUUACUGCUACAAUCAAAAUUCCCAAAUGAAAUGGAAGUAUAUAUGGUCAACUGUGCAGGUGAAAAUUACCAGUUCAGACCUGCUCAGUAUUGUCUAUAUCACAGAAAGACAUAAUUGCCAGUAUCCAGAAACCAUUCUGUCUAUUAUCAAAUGUAUGAUUCAUAAGUUUUGGACACCAGAAGAGUCUAAUGAUAUAACCAUAGUCAUCAAUCCAUAUGGGGAGACCGUGUGCUUCUCUGUGACUCCUGCCAGGAAGAUACUUACCUAUACAAUGAGCGUGACUCGAAACAUUGUGGAUUUCAAACUCUUCCUUGUGUUUGUGGCAGGCGUGUUCCUCUUCCUUUAUGCGAAGACCUUGAGUCAAAGCCCUAUUUUCUAUUACUCUUCGGGGACUGUGCUAGGUAUUCUAAUGACAUUAGUCUUUGUCCUGCUACUGGUGAAAAGAUUCAUUCCUAAGUAUAGCACCUUUUGGGCUCUAAUGGUUGGUUGUUGGUUUGCUUCAGUUUAUGUUUUGUGUCAACUGAUGGAAGAUCUGAAGUGGCUGUGGUAUGAAAACAGAAUAUAUAUAUUAGGCUAUAUCUUGAUAGUUGGGUGUCUCAGCUUUACUGUUUGUUACAAGCACGGGCCCUUGGUUGAGAAGAGGAGCAGAAAUCUCCUGAUGUGGACUCUGCGGCUCCUGGCCCUGCUCCUGGUCUAUGCUGGUGUCACCGCACCUCGCUUCGCCUGUAUGGUCAUGGUCCUUCUGUCGUCCGGGAACCUGCGCUACCCACUGAAAGCGUUCGGCUACAUGAGGAAAGUGAAGACAUGGUUUACAUCGAAAAAGCCGGUGGUUAAGUACCUCACUGAAGACGAAUACAGGGAACAAGCGGAUGCUGCGACCACCCGCGCCCUGGAGGAGCUGCGCCAGGCCUGCCGCAGCCCCGGCUUUCCGUCCUGGCUGGCCGUCUCCAGGCUCCAGGCGCCCAAAAAGUUUGCAGACUUUGUUCUUGGAGGAAGCCACUUGUCACCGGAAGAAAUCAGUCUGCAUGAAGAACAGUAUGGCUUCGGAGGUGCCUUCCUGGAAGAGCAGCUCUUUAACCCGAGGACUCCUGACAGCCUGCCUGCACACUGACUUCAUUCUGGACAAGGAAGUGGGGAAGCGACCCUAUUAAAGGCAGCAAAACUGUUCUAGGGAACAGUGGCAAAAGCAUUUGCUGUGGAGAAAAGCACGUUACACUGGAAAGGAAAACUAAACUAUGUUGAGGGUAGCUGGCCCUUCUUGACCAGUUCUAAUUGUACUGUAGGAGGCCACCAAGAUUCUGUGAUGGUCAUUACCACUUUCCCUGAGUGAAGGCUUUUAUAGGAACAAGGGAAUCAUAUUGAUCUUCAAGGGGCCAAUUAAUAUAAAUAGGUGCCUUGUCAACUCCGGGACAUUAAAAUUUACUCCCUUAAUCCCCAGAACCGUGUCAAAAGACUACUUUGUUCUUCCUACGUGUUAUCAGCGUAAGUGCUGGGAGAGACCUGAGAUAUGCUGGACCGGUCUUUCCCAAAAUAGUCCACAGGAAGCUAAUCAGUGUUAGUGGAUAAAGGGAUACUAAGGUCAACUAAGAUUGAUACAAGAUUAAAUGAAUGUACUGCAGGCCUUCUCAGAACCUUUAAUAAUGCCAAGAUGAGGUGCCCCUCCAUCCCCAGGCCUGAGGGUGGAGAUGCACCCCAUGUCAUGUGUUUACAAGAUGGGAUGGAGAUGAAGUGCACCCUUAUCAUGUGUCUAUGAGAACGGGUACCCCUCCAAACACAGGCCUGUGGGUGGAGGUGAAGUGCACCCAUAUCAUGUGGCUAUUAAAGGGGUGCUCAUCCAUACACAGGUCUAGCUAUGCAUGUACAGCCAUAUCAUGUGUCUAUUUUAUGGGUGCAUGUAAAUACACAAGUCUCUGUAUGGAUAUGUAUAUAUGUAAUGUUUAUUAUAUAUCUGUAUAUUUAUGCAUAUAUAAUAUAUGUACAUAUAUAACAUGUACAUAUAUAUACGUGUGUAUCAAUACAUAUGUCUAUGGGUAUAUAUUACAUAUAUAUAUACACAUAUCUGUAUGGAUGUGUGUGUAUAUAUGUGUAUUAUAUAUAUGAGUAUAUACAUAUAUAUACCUAUAAAAUGAAAUAUAUACAUAUAAAAUAUGUAUAUUAUGUAGGUGUAUAUCCACCCCCAGGCUUGUCUAACUUAGUCUUCUGCUCAUAUGAGGGACAAAUCAUCUUUUUUUGUUUUUUGGGGGUUGUUUUGUUUGAGUGAAGGUAGAUUUAUUUAGAGAUACAUCAGGAGGCAAGAGAAAGGCCACAAGGUGUGGGGUUUGGAAGCUCAGUUUAGACUAAAGUAGGCACACAUUCCAUAGAAUGCGGGCCGUCUCCAAAGGCCAAUUUUUAUGGGCUCGGUAGCUUUAUAUCUUAGUAAGUGGAAGGACCAGUCUAGGCUGGAGAAGGGGCUGGGAUUCCCAGGAAAUUAGCCUUUUCCCGCUCUUUGACCUUUUGUGGCUAGCCUUGGGACUGCCAUGGCGCCUGUGGGUGUGUUAUUCACCAUGCUAAUGUGUUACAGUGGGCAUAUAAUGAAGCUCACGGUCUCCUAGAAGUCAAAUCUCCCACCAUUUUGAGCCUCAAGGCCUCCUGGGGGUUGAAUCUUUCGCCAUUCUAGUGUUAAUUGCUGUGUUAUCCCCUGAAUGGCUGUGCCCUGCCCCCUUCCUGUCUCAUUCCCCCCUCAGAGAUUUUACUCCCAUAAUCUUAUGGAAUUGUAGAGGGGCGAUGGUCCUUCUUCUGAAGUUGCUAACAGGCCAGGCUUGAGCAGGGGCCUUGACCCUGCCUAGCAGGGAGUAAAAAAUCUCUGAAUGCCUAAUCUAGGGGCCCCAAGAGCAGGGAAGCCUUUUGUUUUUGUGUCCAGAGGGCUGAGGGUAUGAGCUGGAAUCUUCCAAUAGCCAUCAUUUGACUGGGACUGUUGAAACCCACUGUUUCCAUUGACUUCUGAUGAAUGUUUUUAAAGAUGAAGCACCUUUGUAACAACUCGAUAGUCUGUAACAACAGAAAGACUUAAAAUGCAUGGUUAAACAUCUGUAACUGAUAGAUUUGUUUGUAAUUAUGAGAAUUAUGACUGAUUAUAUUUAACUUUACAUAUUAAAUAAUCCUAGUUAAUUUAAUAUGUGAG